AUGGAUCGCGGAGACCAUUACUGUCCGGGCGAGUUGGACGCGUUACACGCAGACCGGAACAGAUCAGAAACUACCAUCUGCCUGCCCUCACCAUCGCCGUUGAAGCGAGCAUCAACAUACAUCCCCAAGGCAGGCCCUAAGGUGCUGGAAGAGUCCAACGCCGACCCAUUCUACCUCGAGCAGUCGCUGGCUGCCACCCCCACAACUUGGGCCUCCUAUGCUCCCACCAUUCGCGAUGAGAGAUUCAGUGACGACGCCAGCCAAUACUAUACACUAUCUCUGACACAUGAGAAGGAGUCUUCAGAUCGGUCCAAGCGUUCAGAGCAAUAUACGGGUCCGGAUCGGUCUACUAUCGCACAAUUGGAACUGGAAAACAGCCUCAGAUUCCAUCGCUAUACUUCUUCCACAGAGGACGACCGGAGACCACUGCACAGUAGCCAGGAGUCCUUCAGUUCAGUGCAAACGGACGGCACCACGCCUGACCUCACCCCCAGCAGCUCCUUCUCUUCCACCUACUCCUCGCCUGCCUGCCCCGACGCGGUGCUGAAGGCGACGGAGAAGCUCUACCGCCACGCACAGGCAGCUCAAUUCGAGCCCCGUCGUGCUUUCUAUCUUCCCCCGUCGACGCCGCCCAAGCAGCUCCCUCCACCUCCCCCAGUGCCUGCUCUCCCCACGGCACGCACCCGACCUACUACCCCUGCUGCUGAAUCCGCUCCUACCCCAACCCUGACAAUGAAAUACGAGACAUCCAGCAUGUCCUCAUCCUCCCACAGGAGGAAACCGCAUCCAACCUUACCCAAUCUCUCCCGUGGCACAGGUUCCCAUAGCCCCCGGAGGAAGCAGUCCAGCCCGGGGACCCGUCCUCCCUUGGAUCCAUCCAUGAUCUCUCCCCCCAGUUUGAUCAAUCCAGUGACCAUGGAGCCGCAUGCCACGCACUUUGAGCAGGCUCUCUUCAUACCUGCCAAUGACUGCCCCAGCCCUAUUCCCAGCCCGGUGGCGAGCUCCCCACCCAUUUCGCGGCAAUGGACCGCAACAUCCAUGGAGCGGCCCUCGACUUCCACCAUGGAUGCAUACUGUGAGCAGUCGGUAUGGGAGUCCGACUCGGAAACCGAGUCUAUUAGCCACAAGUCCCUCUCUCGCCGGCCGAUCGACACACUGCGCAAGGUUCGCAGUCGCGCAAAGCUUCGCGCCGCCAAGUCCCAGCCCAAGCUGCACCAAGCCAUGCUGGAUGACCAGAUCCCGGAGAAGUUCCCUUGCCUGCCCGACGAUGCCGUCGGCCACCCCAUUCCCGAUCCGUAUCGCGGCGCCAGCCUCGAUCGACCCAGCACCAGCCGGGACGGUCUGCGGUCGAAUCACCCUCUCCAGACCCUGCGUCUGGUCGCACCAUCGAACACUUCCCUCCUCAAGCCGCGGUAUCGGAACAACAGCAACGGCCUUGGCCGCGAGUCAGCCAUGGACCGCGCGACCGCCGCGGCCGUGCAGGCUCGCUCCAGACGUCGCCAGGGCUCCGACUCGCCGGAGACCGUUCAAGAGGACAAGGAAAAGCUCACCUCCAUGUGCUACGAGCAACACUCACCCGCACCCUUCGAAGACCCUGUCGAUCAGCGGCCCUUCUUCAAGCGGGUGCUGGACUCCCUCCGAUCUCUCAACUGCCACAGAGCAUCUAUAAAAACAACCACGACAACCAUUUAA